UGGCUUUUGAUUUCUGAUCUGCCAAUCAGCUGUUUUGGGAGAGACACCGUACAAGCUCGAUUCCCAAUGCAGGUCCUCCCGGUUCGAGGAGGCGCACUUGUGUGCUGCUUUCUGUACUUAUUUGUUGUCGGUUUCUCCAAUGCGGAUGGCAAAACAGUCGAGGUUGUUGGGGUUGGUGAGUGUGCAGAUUGUGCGGAGAAUAACUUCGAGACUAGCAAGGCAUUUUCAGGGCUUCGUGUAAACAUAGACUGCAAGCCAAAAAAUGGGGAGUACUUCAACAAACGAGGUUCGGGUGAGCUUGAUAAAGAAGGGAAUUUUAAGGUUUCACUGCCUGAGGAGAUGGUUAAAGAUGGGGAAUUGAUGGAAGAAUGCUAUGCGCAGCUUCAUAGUGUGUUGGAUGAACCUUGUCCCGCACAUGAUGGCAUAGAGUCGGUCAAGAUAGUGUUGAAGUCCACUAGCGAUGAGAAACACAACUUUGGGUUGAAAGGAAAGCUCAGAUUCUCACCUGUAACGUGUGCUUCAGCCACCUUUUGGCAUCAUCCUCCAUUGCCAAAGUGGAACCAUCCUCCUUUGCCCACGUUUCCCCUUCCCCCGUCGAAUGGGUUCCACUUCCAUCAUCAUCAUCCAAUCUUCCCUCCAAUCUACAUGAAACCUCUUCCACCAUCGGUUCCGGUGUCUAAACCUCCGCCAGUUCCAGUAUAUGAAAACCACUUCCUCCACCAGUUCCAGUAUACAAGAAGCCACUUCUUCCUCCAGUUCCAGUACAUAAGAAACCACAUCCCUCUCCAGUUCCAGUCUAUAAGAAACCACAUCCAUCUCCAGUCCCAGUUUACAAGCCUCCGGUCUAUAAAUCUCCUCCGGUCCCGGUAUACAAGAAACCACUUCCUCCACCAGUUCCGGUAUAUAAGAAACCAUUUCCUCCUCCAGUUCCUGUAUACAGGAAACCAUUACCUCCACCAGUUCCAGUGUACAAACAACCUCCGACUCCAAUCUAUACAAAGCCGCUACCACCACCUGUUCCUGUAUACAGGCCAAAACCGCUCCCUCCACUUCCCAAAAUCCCACCAUUCCCUAAGAAGCCAUGCCCUCCCCUUCCCAAGAUUCCUCCAAAGUAUUUCCACCACCAUCCUAAGUUCGGAAAAUGGCCUCCAUUGCCACCAUUUUCUCCUCAUCAUCCCUAAGCUUUUGUAGCGAUAAAGCAUAUCCUUUUACACUAUCAAUGAAGGCUAGUGUGUGAAGACUGCAUGCAAUAAAAGUCUUCUGAAGGAAAGACGAAUGAAGAAAAAAAUGUUUAAAUUAA